GGGUGUAGCCUAAUAUAAAUAUGACACUACCUGCUGUCCAGGACAGACAACAAAAAGAUCGGUACCUGAUAGAGAUAUUGAAUUAUUGAUACUGUACAGAAGUAGCUACAAGUAAUCUAAAAAGAUUACGGAAAAUCUACUGUCACUUUCUGCUGUGCAGCUUGCAGUCUCACAGAGGAAGUGAGUGUAUUCUUCUAGUCUAUCGGUUUCUUCUCUUUUGUACCUCCAGCUGUUGAAAACCCCGGGGUUACUUUGUCUUUCCUUGCUCCUGUUAUUUUUGUUAUUAUUCUUUGUGUACAUGUUUAUUUACUACUUUGUCUGUUAUAGAAGUCCGAGAGGGGGUUAUUUCUGUUUUCUACUUCAUUCUUUGGACACCUAGAAUAAGAUCACGAUGGCGCAUAGAUUUUGUAAGGGAUCUGCUUGCACUUGUUUGUCUUGCUGCCACAUUCCACCUGCUCCUUUAGAGGGAGAUAUGACAUUUAUGCAUAGCACAGAUCCAAAUAAUGUCAAAUACUGUCAUACAUGGGAAAGAGAUUGUGGGUUUAAUGGGAAAUUAACUGUUAAAGAGUGCCAAAAUAAGAAAGAUAAAAUUAAAUCCUUUUGUCCCAAAUACCAAAGAAGAUACGGUCUGACGGUGGCUGAAGAAUGGCUGCAGCAGGCACAGAAUAGGGUAGAAAACCAGAACAAAAAGAUGGGUAGUUUAUGUAAGCUUCAAAAUCAAUUGCCCUUGGUAGAUGAAGAGGACGACAUUGUGUGUUACACACGACGGCCAUUGCCCUACCAUUCCCUACCCAUAGCACAACCUAAAAUUCCUCUCGUAUCAUUAAUCGAUCCUGCCCUGUCCCCAGCAAAGACUACUACCCCCACACAAGUGUCUCCUUCUGGCCUAGCCCAGGUCUUCUCUGUGAAGGUGAAGGUUUUUUCACAAGGUGAUGACGAUGACGAGUGUGGUGAAUAUAUUGCUGUUGCCACAGCCGAGCAUAGCGGUAGUGGAAGAGGUCGGGGUGGCAACAGGAGGAGAAGAAGAAGAGGUAGAUCGAGGGGACAAGGUAAAAAUCAGAGAAACAGAGAAGGUUGGCCAGAUAACGGAUGGGUGGAGAAAAGAGAAUGUUGGUCAUGCCACCAACAAGGACACCUGGCUAGGGACUGUCCGGACGGACCAGAACCCUGGAAAACAGGAUGACUAGACAUGGAAAGUAUAAGUCACCUAGGAAAAGUGAGAUAUAUUGACAAACUACCAGAGGUGACUUUAACAGUAGUUUGGGUUUAAUGAUAGAUUGACUGUACAAUAAUGGCACGCUUUACGUGGUAGGAUUAAGGAAAUGAGUCUAACAGAACAAAAGAAGCUCCCUGGCUGGUGCAGGGAAAGAACCGCACCCAAGUAUACAGUUAUAAGCUAAAAGGCAAAGAUAAAUGUGAAGGUGACUACUUGUUUAAGAGGAUGGGAAAUAAUAUGUUACUGAAGGCGAAGGUAGGAAUAGAAUAGGUGAGAGUGUUUAUGUAAGUGAUACUAUGGUACAAGAAUGUGGAAAAGUUAAUACUUUGUUAAAGAAUAUACUGAAGGAGUCAGGGGGACCGCAGGGGUCCCCUGGAUCAAUGAAUAGCAUAAUAAUAAUAGUAGUGAAUACUUUCCCUUUUUAAAAUUGUUAGUAUAAAUGAAAGUGUUAUAAUUAAUCAUUUCAAACUAGCAAAAAGAUAAGGAAAAUCUACGUGAUAAUAAUUGAAGGUUAUUGUAUAUAUUUGCAUAAUUUUAUCCUUUUAUACUUUUGUGAAUGUAUGAAGAGCCCUUUGUGUGUGUCCUAUCUGUUAUUGUGUUACCUCUUGUAUAUGAUUCUUUGUGUUUGCAGUCUUUGUGAUAUUGGUUGUUACAAAAGAAGGGAAUGCUUGUAGAUAGUGUUGUGUAUUCUGUGAUGCUGUCCUCUCCAUCUCCUCUCUGCCUGGAGUCUGUGUACAUCGUGAGUGUAGGAUGUUGUGAAACCUGUGUUAUUUACUGUAUAUACAGCGCUUGCUAUAUCUAAUAUGCUACAUUUUAAAGUGAGUAUUGGAUUUCUAUGGUAAUGGAAGACAAAGUAAAACUUAUUUUUCCCAUCUCUUAUGUGAGCUGUAACAUGUUUAAUCUUUGUUGUAUAAAAAUAUAGAAUCCUCAAAGCAUAGGCAUAGUGCUAUGUUUCAAAAUGGCGUCCGGAGACUAGCCAACGCCCAAGCAUUCCAACAGGAGGGGCUUGUAUUUUAUACAAAGGGAUGUAUAAUUAACGUAGGAGAAUUUGUGGAUGGUUUUAAUAAAUGCUAAAGACAUAAUAUCGUAGGAUAAAUUAGGUAUUCAAUGCUUGCAGUACAUACAUGUAGUAGAUGUAAAAGUUGCCGGAUUAGUGGAAAUUCUGGAGUAUGCAAUGUCUAGUUGACUAAUUAUAGCAGAAUACAGUUUCUCAGCGAGGCUAUUUAUCAGGCUGGUGAUCUUUAGUUAAGCUUCUGUGUUUCUGAGUAUGUUCGCACUCAGUAUGUAUUUGUGUCAGUCCUGUUUUGGUUUUGGUUAUAAUUCUGGAUCUCUGCAGAUAAAAAAAUUCUGGUUUGUAUUUUGUGCUAUUUUUCUAUCUAGAUGUAUGUAAUGCGGCUUGUGAUGCUAUUUCUGUUUGUGUUCUGAUUCUGUUCUAUUUGGGUUUCUCCAUGUUUGUUCCAGUGUGUAUUUUGUUCUAGAUUUGUAUCUAAUCAGGGAGUCUUUAGCUGUGGUUGUUGACAUGCUUUGUUUUGGGUUUUGCCUACUGUAUAAUAAUCCUAAUAUGUCUUGAUAUCUGUUUGUUAUUUUGUAGUGUCUAUUGUAGUUCAGGAAUGGACUGGUGCCCAGUAGUCAUGUGACCUGUGGUUUAUUGCUUAUGUAGUGGACCCUAAAGCAGUUUCAGCUACUCUGUGACAGAACUGCAAGGGUGCUCAACUUGGUAUAUAAGAUGCCUUAUGCUGUCCCCCCCUUCUCUGUCUUUUUCUCAGAAGUUCUGUGUCAGAGUACAAGUGCUGCUUUUAAACCAUUGUUGUCCCAUUGGGUUUAAUGUAGAUUCCAUUCACUGACAUGUAAUAGCAUUGGUGUUUUCAGGAAUUCCACUUCAGCACAUCACAAUCUCAGCACCCCACAGUCCCCCUCCUUGCAUACACCCCUUAUCUUAUAGAACAGGUCCUUGAAUACAGAAUCUCCCUUCUUGAGGAGGGACGGGGUGUGGGAUUUUAGACUAACAAAGAACAAAGGAUGUAGUAUCAUUGAUGGCCUCUAAUGAUCUCCUUGUGACCCAUGUCUCAAGAGGGGGAAGUAUGGGGUAUUAAUAGCACUGUAUACGGUUUAAUAAACUACUUAAAAAUUGACUUUUGUUCCCAAUGCAUGAUAUGUGCAAGACACAAUCCACAAGGAGGUAUUAGACCAAUGAGAAGCAAAGUUGACAUUUUGUAAACUAAACUAUAAAACACCUAAUAGCAAACUGAGAGAAGCUAUGGAGGAGACAGGGAAAAGUUGGAUGCACUGUUUACCAUGAGCUGUUCUGAGUAUUACACCCACUAAAGAUGGAUUACCGUUUUACCACCUAUUCAUUCAAGUACAUAUUCAUUCAUGUACUUAUUACAACCUGUUGACCAAUAGACCUGUUGAACUACAAAGAACAGUCCUCUUAUUUGGAAGACAGGGAUGGUUUAUCCUGGAUGUCAGUCUACAUACUGUGUGAACAUGUAGGAAGAUAUAACAGUAAAACAGAUGCUAGUCACCAGCGAUAGUGGAUCUGACUAUACGGAGCCGCCAUCAGCCACGCGGUCCUGCGCACAUGAUUGCAGCGGUUGCCACACAGUCACAAGAAGUGAGAGUGUAACCCCCAGCAAGCACAGCUCAAGCCAAACCACACUGAAGUCUCUUCUGACCCAGACUGAGCCUGCACAGAGUCACUAAGCAGCCAGCAACAGGAACACCAUGUCCGCCAGCCAGGCAUCAUCAUGCAGGACAAGGUCACAAGCAAGCUGCUCUAGCAAGUCCUCCAUAAAAGAAAUGGCUGCUCUCGCCCGUGCCGAAGCUGAGGCUGCAAAAGUAAGGGCUUCCUUUGCUGCACAAGAGAUGCAACUAAAGUCUUCCUUUGCUGCACAAGAGAUGCAACUAAAGAUAUCACUGGAAAAACUAGCAGCAGAGAAAGAAGCGGCAGCCGCAAUAGCCAAAGCAGAGUGCUUAGAAGCCAUAGACUGUUCUGAAUCUGAGAAGCACAGCCAAGUACUCGGACCAGACUUAGAUCAACAAGAUCCAGCACAGCGCGUCUCAGAAUAUGUCUACCAGCAUCCCAAGAGAGAUGACACCUAUGAUCCAGUAUAUCAGCCAGCGUAUACAGAGUGUCAAAGACCUUACCUUUAAUCACAGUACCUCGAGCAAGACGGUAUGCGGCAAAGUGAUCCCGACCACAACUACCGCUCUACAGGACAAAAGCUAAGACCUUCGCUUCAACUUAAAGGGACACCAUUCGCGUCAGAGCGGUAUUAUACAGACUUUCCUAAGCCAGAAACUUCCAAAAGGUAUGGUGAUACACCACACACGCAGCAUAACAGCACACAGGGUAGUGUUGGCGCCAACCAUGCGGUCAUGGACUUUGCUAAGUUCUUGGCUAAACGUGAACUGGUUACCAGGGGACUUAUAAAGUUCACUGAUCGCCCCGAGAGCUACAGGUCAUGGCGAGCCUCCUUUCAGAACGCCAUAAGGGACUUAGAUCUUUCCUGUAGUGAGGAGUUAGAUCGCUUGGUAAAAUGGCUUGGAAAUGAAUCUGCUGAACAUGCCAAAAGAAUCAGAGACAUUAACAUAAACUAUCCGGGAAAAGGCCUAAAGAUGGUAAAGGGAAAGACUUGAUGAAUGUUAUGGGUCAAUAGAAGCUAUAGAAAAUGUUUUAUAUAAAAGAAUUGAAACUUUUCCCAAAAUAGUGGGUAGGAGUUACCAAAAGCUCAGGGAACUCAGUGACUUGUUAAUAGAGUUACAGGUUGCUCAGGCAGAAGGAUAUCUACCCGGGCUAGCAUUCCUGGACACCGCCAGAGGUGUUAAUCCAAUUGUCCAAAAACUUCCUUAUAACCUACAGGAGAAGUGGAUCACGCAUGGUUCUCAUUAUAAACAGUCCCAUAACGUACCAUUUCCUCCCUUUAAAGUGUUUGAAGACUUUGUUGCUCAACAGGCAAGGAUCAGAAAUGAUCCCAGUUUUGAUUUUACACUGUCAUGUCCUACUGCCCCUGGUGUCAAACCUCACAAAACACCAGUGGCAGUCCACAAAACUAAUGUUGCUUCCACAGGUUCUCCUUACAGGUCGUUCAAGCCUUCUCAAGAAGGGAACAAACUGGAAGACGUUAGCAAGCAAUGCCCCUUGCACAAGAAACCACAUCCUCUACUGAAAUGCAGAGCCUUCAGGGAGAAGUUUUUAGAGGACCGCAAAGAAUUCCUCAAAGAGAACAACAUCUGCUUCAGGUGCUGCACUACAACAACGCAUUUCGCCAGGAACUGUAAGGUCAGUGUGACAUGCACAGAAUGUGGGAGCACGGAACACAACACGGCUUUGCACCCUGGACCACCCUCUCAGGUAUCAUCCCAAGCAGAGGAGCGUGACAGAAAGCAGAUAGACACUGACGUAGACACCGCAAUAGUCACUUCUCAGUGUACAGAGGUCUGCAAAGGACUUACAGGAGGGAAGUCCUGCUCAAAAAUCUGCCUUGUCAGAGUUUACCCGACCGGCUACCGAGAUAAGGCGAUCAAGGUAUAUGCAAUCUUGGAUGACCAAAGCAACAGGUCUCUAGCUAAAUCCACCUUCUUCGACACCUUAAACAUCGUAGGGCCUGGUUCUCCCUACUCCUUAAGAACAUGUGCAGGUACCGUUGAGACGGCGGGGAGGAAGGCAGCUGGGUACAAGGUAGAGUCCAUAGAUGGUCAGACCUGCUUGUCUCUGCCAACCAUACUGGAGUGUAAUCACAUUCCUGACAACCGAUCUGAGAUACCUACACCUGAGGUAGCAGCACACCACCCCCACUUGAAGCGUAUAGCUCACCUUAUACCGGAGCUGGACCCAGAAUCUCCAAUAUUCCUACUCCUUGGAAGAGACAUACUACAAGUUCACAAGGCUAGAGGACAGAUUAAUGGACCCCAAAACGCUCCAUACGCCCAGAGACUUGACCUAGGAUGGGUCAUCAUAGGAGACGUCUGUCUAGGAGGGGUACACAAGCCGACCUCGGUCUACAGUAUGCUCACCAACACACUUGAAAAUGAACAUCCAUCCCUAUUCCAGCCAUGUCAGAGUAGUUUCCUGAUAAAAGAAUUUCCACACAGCGAUCCCGUGCCUUGUCCUUACGUGGAUUUCUCCUGUGAAGAUCAUGCUUGUGAUGGUGAGCAAGAUCACCUAGGGUGCACAGUCUUCCACAGAACAAGAGAAGACAACAGGGUUGCAAUGUCCAUAGAAGACAGACUGUUCUUGGAUAUCAUGGAGCAAGGAAUAGUAAAAGACAAAUCAAACAGCUGGGUCGCACCUACCGUUUAGACCCCAAAGAUGGCGCCUACCUAACAACAAGGAACUUGUUUACAAUCGAUUUAGCUCCCUCAGACACAAACUCCAGAGGAACCUAGAGAUGAAAGAACAUUUCUUUACCUUCAUGGAAAGAAUAUUUCAGAACAACCUCGCAGAGAUGGCACCCACCCUACAAGAUUCAGAAGGGUGUUGGUACUUACCCAUAUUCGGUGUGUAUCAUCCGGAAAAAAAACAGGACAAAUAAGAGUAGUAUUCGACUCAAGUGCCAAGUGCGAAGGUGUCUCGCUAAACGAUGUCUUACUGUCUGGUCCAGACCUCAACAACAAGCUUUUGGAGGUACUUCUACACUUCCGCAAAGAUUCUGUAGCAUUUAUGGCCGACAUAAAACAAACGUUUCACUGCUUCCUUGUCAAGGAAGAACACAGAAACUACCUGAGGUUUUUCUGGUACCACAACAACGACCCUACUGAGGACAUUGUAGAAUACCGAAUGAGAGUGUACAUUUUCGGAAACAGUCCUUCCCCUGCAGUGGCUAUCUACGGUCUCAGACAUUCAGCCCGAGAGGGUGAAACAAAGUACGGGUCAGAUGCCAGGUCCUUUGUGGAAAAGGAUUUCUAUGUGGACGACUGUUUGAAAUCUACACCCAUGAAUGAGACCGCAAUCAGUCUCCUGAAAAGAGCUCAAGAGAUGCUCGCCUUAUCUAAUUUGAGGUUGCACAAAAUCGCCUCCAACAGCUGUGAGUUAAUGGAGGCCUUCUCACCCCAAGACCACUCAAGUGGUCUAAAGGACUUGGAUCUUAGUACAGACUCCCUUCCCAUGCAGCGAAGCCUUGGUUUGCUUUGGGAUUUAAAGGCAGACACAUUUACCUUUAAAAUCAGCACAGACAAAAAACCCUUCACACGCAGAGGAGUCCUGUCUACCAUAAACAGCUUAUAUGAUCCUCUGGGAUUCGUAGCGCCAGUUACCAUCCAGGGUAAAAUGAUGCUAAGAGACUUCACCACAGAAAAGGCUGAUUGGGAUGAUCCACUUCCCAUGGAGAAAAAAGACCUGUGGACAGGUUGGAGAAAGUCUCUUGAAGGUUUGUCCAGCCUUCAGGUAGCACGACCAUAUGCUUCCGUGUCAUCAACUGGAGUCAAUAUGCAAAGACUGUAUAUUUUCUGCGAUGCUUCAGUCAAGGCGAUUGCAGCUGUAGCGUACCUAAAGACUAUAGAUGUCACAGAACAAUGCCAAGUGGGUUUUGUUAUGAGCAGCACCAAACUGGCACCACUCCGCGAGCACACGAUACCCAGAUUGGAACUCUGCGCUGCUUGCAGUGGAGUUGGCUGAACAUAUAACAACAGGACUACAUCUGGAAAUCGAGGAAGUCGAGUUCUACACAGACAGCAAGGUAGUCCUAGGAUACAUUUGCAACGAGAUAAGACACUUCUAUGUCUAUGUCAGCAAUCGGGUACUUAGGAUCAGGAGAUCCACUUGUCCUAAACAGUGGCACUAUGUGUCCACACACCAUAACCCUGCAGACCAUGCGACUAGAUCUGUCGCAGCAAGCCAUCUUAAAGACACAACAUGGUUUACAGGUCCUGCAUUCCUGUACCGUUCUAUGUCUUGCAACAUCGAAUCUGACUUGUUCGACUUAGUAGACCCGGAUGCGGAUGAAGAAAUCCGACCUGAAGUAUCGGUUCUACAUACGGUGACUUCAGACCACCAACUCAAGUCUCAUCGUUUCGAAAAGUUCUCCACCUGGAUGUCACUUGUUCGUGCUAUAGCCUGUCUUGUUCAUAUAGCUCAGUCAUACAAAUCAACAUUUCUUGUGAACCAGAAACCAAGCACGCAUUUACUGUUCCAAAUAUGGAAAGGUCCAAAGACUUAAUAAUUCUCACUAUACAAGGUGAAUGUUAUGCUAAAAAGAGAGAGAGACUACCUCAACAAAGGCCAAACAGUCUCCAAGGAUAGCGCUUUGAAGAAGUUUGAUCCCAUCAUUGACAAAAAUGGGCUGCUCAGAAUAGGAGGCCGUCUUCAAGAAGCCAAAGUGGAAUUUGGGGAGAAACACCCUGUAAUAAUUCCCGGACAUCAUCACGUCACGACCUUGCUUGUAUGGCACCAUCACAUUCAAGUGAAACAUCAAGGCCAAUUGUUUACUGAAGGGAAUCUACGAGCUGCCGGACUAUGGAUAGUUGGAGCUAAGAGGUGUGUGAGCAAGCUCAUCUUUAACUGUGUCACCUGUCGCAAACUUUGUGGCAUGUUCCAGAAUCCAAAGAUGGUUAGUCUUCCAAUUGAGAGGCUCAGUACAGAUCCUCCUUUCACCAACGUUGGUUUAGAUAUAGUUGGUCCUUGGUCAGUGGCUACACGGCACACUAGAGGUAGUCAUGCCAGCGCAAAACGUUGGGCGGUCAUGUUUACUUGUAUGUCCAGCAGAGCUGUUCAUAUAGAAGUGGUUGAAUCCAUGGACACUUCAAGUUUCAUAAAUGCACUUCAACGGUUUAUUGCCAUCAGAGGGCCCAUGAAGCAUAUUCGCUCAGACAGAGGCACGAAUUUCGUUGGAGAAGUGAAAGAACUUCAAAUUCCUUCCAACUUGGACACUAUCAAUGUCGAGAGAUACUUAAAUGAACAAGGAUGCACCUGGACCUUUAAUCCACCACAUUCUUCCCACAUGGGUGGCGUCUGGGAAAGGAUGAUAGGGAUAGCAAGGAAAAUAUUGGAUUCCAUCUUAUUGCAGGUGGGGAGCUCAAGACUCACACGAAAGCUUGACCACCUUCUUGGCAGAAGUUUCAGCAUUCCGAGUGCUCCUCUUGGAGAUUUCAAUGACAAAGACCUCUACAGACGACAAUGGAGACAAGUGCAAAGUCUUUCUAAUGCCUUCUGGGAUAGGUGGAGGAAACAGUAUAUCUCUACUCUUCAAUCGACAAGGAAGUGGCAAACUAACAAGCCGAACAUCAGACCUGGGGAUGUCGUGCUCAUGAAAGACAACCAGUUGCAUCGAAAUGAGUGGCCAUUGGGUCUCAUCACCAACACAUUCCCAAGCAAAGAUGGGAACGUACGCAAACCCGAAGUCAAAGUGUGGAGGCUUGGCGAAUGCAAGUUAUUCCUUAGGCCAGUGGCAGAACUUGUUUUGUUGUUAUCACCUAAUCUACCUAGUAGUGGCAUCAGUUGGCGCCAGGCGGGGAGUGUUCUGUCCAGCCUGGGUUCCAUAACCAUUUACCAUUUGCCAUAGCUUUCAAUAAUGAGAGUUCAUUAACUAGGUUAUAGCACCAUCUAGUGGUGUUAAGUUGUAUAACAUCUUGUUUUUCCUGUUGUAAUAAUUCUGCCUUGUGGGUGGAGUUACACAUCGUGGGUUCUUGCAAGGCACUCUGGGAAGGAGAAGGGGCAGUCCUCAGUCUCCUGGACACAGAAUCAGAGCUGUUUCUUCAUGUCUCUCUUCUAAAACUCCACCAUCUGUGUAACAGCAUAUCUGGUGAGUCACUUACCUCUGUAACUAGGGCAUUAUAGUAUGCAGAGCUGUGCAGAUGUUUGGAUUACUACUCAGGAAAGUUAACUGUGUAGAUGUUAGACUGUUAGCUAGCCAUGCAGUCUUAUGUACAGGCAGUCAUUGUACCAUGUGCUUCACUGUUAUGUAUGAUGCAUGCAGUUCUUAUACUCUGUACUUAUACAUGUCUUUUUGUAUUCUUAUAGUUUUACCACCUAUUCAUUCAAGUACAUAUUCAUUCAUGUACUUAUUACAACCUGUUGACCAAUAAACCUGUUGAACUACAAAGAACAGUCCUCUUAUUUGGAAGACAGGGAUGGUUUAUGCUGGAUGUCAGACUAUAUACUGUGUGAACAUGUAGGAAGAUAUAACAAUAUACAAUGUAUCCAGAAAGUCUUCAUCCCCAAUCACUAUACACAAUAUAUCCA